AUGUCCAGCAGAAACAAUCGCGCCGGCAGUCGUGCCAGCAAUCGCCAGGAACCGAUUCCUAUUCGUGGCCCGAUCACAGGCUUUGCGGGGCUAACCACGAGCUUUCUCCAAACCUGGCGCGUGGGGGGUUAUGGCAGCAGUCCAGAAGACGUAUUCCGCGUCACCAUCCACGCCCUCUUGUGGGACCGAAGCGAGCCCAUGGUCUUUCUCGAUGGUUACUUCAACGCCAAGGCAGGCUGGAUCCUCCUGCCUGCCGUGUACCACGCUCCCACGCAAGGCGGUUGGGACCGACUCCGCAGCGGCGCCCAGCUCGACAUACCAGCGUCCGACUUCAUAUCCAUGAUCUGGGCCAACAUGAUCAAGAAGCUCGAGCUGCCAGCCGACGACACCCUUCUCCACAACGUGGCCUUUGUCAACAUAACCAACCCUUCGCUCCACCGCCUCUGCCGGGUGUUUUCGGGCCUGAGCGACUGCAGCGUCGGCCACGUGGACCGCCCGACCGGCUCGGCGCGCGACAGAUGCAACCCGCGGCAGGGGAUGCGCAUCGCCGGCUUGGAGGACUUUUUCAGCCUCGAGCCGGUCAAAACCAUCGUCCUCAGCAUGAUUCAGCACCAGUCCGUGUUCAGGGACCGCAUGCCCGUCAGGGUCGGCUGGCACUGUGAGCGCAUGGCCGCAGAUCCCGACACGGCCGUUGUGGUGCGCAUGGGUUCCUACUUCAGGAGGUUCACUGACGCGCCUUUUGCCGUGCUUCCGGUCGAUUCGCCAGGCGGACGGGCGUGAGCUGGCCGAGUGGCAAGGUAAAGCACUUGGGGUGUCGUGAUUGGAGUAAGCUUUGGGAUAACUAGACCUUGCUGGCGGUCAACUCGGCACAAGACCGUCAGUCGCCAAAUUGCCAUGUCCGUCACGGCGUCACCUCAUAUCGAAGAAUUACCAUCGAAUGAAAAACUUGCCUUCUUUUUGUUUCUAUUUCCCACUUGUUCUUCCUCCUCUGCUUCCUCUUCUUUGUUUUGUAUCAGCACUCUCUGCUCAUGCCUCCAAACUCCUU